AUGCGGCGGUGUCGGGUCGCGGGGCUGGCGGCGCUGGCCGCGGUGCUGCUCGUGGCUUCAGGCAGAGCCCAGGUACAGCAGGAGGCAUUCGUGGAGACCACCGAGGGCAGCGGCAUCAGCAUCAACUGCUCACACCCCACCAAACAGCUCGGAUACUACAUCCAUUUCUACCGUCAGCUCCCGGGCAGAGGACCCGAAUUCCUCGCACUCGCUGCUAGAGGGUCCAAGGCUGUGCCGGACAUCGCAGGAGAGCUGAGGGUGUCGGAGGACGGGCGGAGCAGCGCGCUGUGGCUGCGGCGGCCCCGGCGCGGGGACGCGGCCGUGUAUUACUGCGCGCUGGGCGCACGGGCAGAGGAGCCGGGGCUGCGGCCGGGCACGAACCGCCGCGGCUCCUUCCUGUGCCCCGAGCCCGCCCGCACCGAGCCCGCACAGCCCGGCACGCCCGGGGCCCGCACACGCUGCCAGCCCGCCCCUGCCCGCACACACUCGCCGCGCACAGCCCGGCACGGCCUCGCUCCCGAGCCGCCCUCGGCCCGACACCCAACUGCGGAGCCCCGCGCCUCUGCCAGCGCCUCUCGCCCUCCGCCCGCGCCUGCUGCUGCUCGCAGCCGCCUCCGCAAAGCGAACAGCUGCUCCUGCAGAGCGCCUGCCGCGCCCGCUGACAAACAGCAGCACUGA